AUGGAAGAGAAAAGCAAUUCAAGUGUUUUCGUGGCCUCCUUAUCAAAAGAUGUAAAGAGUUGGAAAUAUCGUAACAACCAUUCCAAGUUUAUCACCUCAACUCCAAUUCAUUGUCAAAAUCAUCGGAAUAUUUCAUCUGUAAAGCAGGAAUCGAGGAUCUCGUUUUCAAUAAAUGAACGCCUAACAAAUUUAUUAAAUAAAAUUCUUCCUUUAAAAAAGAAAUGGAGCACAAAUUUCCAUCAGUCAUGUAUCGUUUUCACAAAUCUGGCUUCAAAUAUUUGUAAAAUCUUAUCAGGUUCAUCAUCCUUUGAGAAUCAUGAUGAUUUUGUCACUUACGGAUUGUGCAAUCUAUAUUUAAAUGAUAAUUUAGAACAAAUGACAAAACUUCGUGAUGGUCAAAUUUUGGAAACCUAUUAUGAUAAACUAAAUGAAUGUAUAAAAAAUAUGGAAGAUUGUGGCGUACAGCUAAAGUCUGUGCUAGAUCAAUUGAAUGCUUUGAGAAGUCUAAGUCAAAAUGAAUCAAUUUACCAGCAGUAUGCCACAUGCCAGUCGACAUUAGACUCAUCCGUCAAGAUAAAAAGUGGUUCUACACUAGAUGGUAACAGUUUGUCCACUUUAAAUUCUACUCGCUCACAUCCAUCAACAUCAUUAAAACAACAAACACAACAACGAAAUUUAAGUGGAACUUACUUAUACGAAGUAUUGAACAUUGAAAUAAAUGGACUAAUCAAUCAAAUUGAACGUGAUUUAAGCAUUCGGAAAUAUUUAGUGAAAAUUAUAUUACCUAGCACUUCACAUUACUUUCAAGUGAAUACUACUGUUCAGGAUAAUUUCAAUGUUGUCCUAUUAAAAUUUGUGUCAAUUUGGCGUCAUUUUGGACAAUAUGUUUCAUGGUUUGCUGUUAUAUCAAUGUCUGAGCAUAUUUUGAAAACUCUCAAAAAUACAGACUGA